UGUGAAAUGAACAGGUUUUUUUUCCACUUCUCUCAGAGAAAUCUCUUCCCGAACUGGUUGGGGGGUGGGGGGAAAAGAGCCACAUGGGUUUGCUUCCCGGGGGGAGCCCCCCCUGGAAGUUUUCUCCCAAAUUUGCCCUAAACCAGGAUAAAGAGGCAGCCAGAAAUAGACUGAGAGAGAAAGAAUAUAAACAAAGACUGCAGAACUCUGCCGAGUGAGUUGGUUUAAGUGGGAGUGUUCUUAAAGUUCUUGUGGUUGUUGCUGUUAAAUAUUUUGAUGUUAGCAAAGUUAGUUGAAUGAAACCCCCCCCACCAUGAACUUCUCCCACAGAACAUUCUCCAAAAAGGCAACUAAAUUAAAGAAGGUGGGAGAAGAAGGACCAUACCAUCUCUCCUGAUCCCCCAAAAAGACCUAAGAGGCAAGACCGGGUGAGGCUAACAGGGAAGGUGAGCCAUGAAGCUCCCUAAAACAAAACUAGCUCAUACCGGACUCUUAGGUGGACUGAUGUUGGUCCAGCUGGUGAGCCUUGGGAUGGGGGACAGUGGAGAAGCAUGUAUCCCCUAUAUGAUGGAGAGGAUCUAGGAUCACUGAUGAGGGUCCACAAAAACAUCAAUCCCACCUGUUUUGAUCACACCAAAAUGGAAACCUGUCAGGAGGAAGGAAAGACAUAUUGGAUUACUAGAAAUACUGCCUCAUUUAGGCAAGGUCUGCUUGGAGAAUGCCCUGUAGGAGAAUCCUGGCUCUGCUUUGAACAAGAAGGACUGAAUGAUGUAAUAAAGGAAAAACAAUUGAAGAUAAAGAAAGGUGAUCUGGAUGAAACAUGAGGUAAGAACCUAUUCAUUGACCUGAUGGAGAGAAUCAGCAGAGAGUUAAACUUAACCAAUUGUUGGGUAUGUGGGAACACCCAGAUGUCAGAUAUUUGGCCCUGGGAAGAGAUCAGCCUGGCACCUUUAGACAUUCUAAGGUGGAAAUUAACUGAGCAGAAACCCCAGACAGGGAACAGGGGACGAGAACAAUGGGAUCUGAAAACAAGAGUGAUUGGGGAAGAAUGCAUUAAAAGGACAGGAAAAAGAUACAAAACCCCUGUGGGAAAAAUGGCCUGCAAAAGAUACGUGACUGUGGAAGACUCAGGUAGCAGGUGGGUCCCUCAAGAACCAAACAGGUAUUGGGCCACUGGGAGAAAGGAAAGGGGGUGUAUUUAUCAUGAGGGGUACAAACUGUAUGAGUGCGCAGAAAAAGGAAUAAACCCUUUUUGGGGGUUAAGAGAACUCUCAAAAUACUGGGAACAUCCUACAGACACACAGGACACUUUCUGGAAGGCCCCUGAGUAUUUAUUUUGGAUUUGUGGGAGCACUGCAUAUACCCACCUCCCAGGGGAUUGGGCAGGAAGCUGCACAAUAGGGAUAAUAAAGCCUGCUUUUUUCCUCCUACCUAAGAAAUCAGGGUCAUACUUGGGAGUCCCCUUGUAUGAUAACUUAAAAAAAGGCAGUCGAAAGAGAAGGCAUGUAAUGGACCUAGGAAGCAAUCAGAAAUGGAAGGGGAAGAUCUGGACCCCUGAAGAAAUAAUUAAGACAUAUGGACCGGCCACGUGGGCCCAGGAUGGAUCCUGGGGGUAUCGUACCCCAGUCUAUAUGUUAAAUCGAAUCAUCCGUCUCCAGGCAGUAUUAGAAGUGGUGUCAAACAGAACUGCCCUUGCUUUAGACCACAUCAGCACACAAUUGGCACAAACCAGGGCUGCAGUCCAUCAGAUUCGGCUGGCGGUGGACUACCUGUUGGCAGAUGAAGGAGGCAUUUGUGGAAAGUUUAAUUCCUCUGAAUGUUGCCUGGAGAUAGAUGAUAAGAGUGAGGUAAUCAAAAACAUCUCAAAAGAAAUACGAAAGAUAGCUUAUGUGGGCACCCAGGAAUGGACUCCUCUGGUGAACUCAGACUGGUGGAAUGACCUUUGGUCCUUCAAGGGAGGGUGGUGGAAAAAAAAAUAGUCUUUAUUGCUGUCUGUGCAUUUGCAAGUUUCUUGUUCCUGCCCUGUUUACUCCCCUGCCUAAUCAAGACAGUGACUACCACAGUACAAGCAAGCAUCCAGAUCCUUGAAAUAAAAGAUAAGAAGCAGGCCAGGAUCAUGUUAAUGGAAACUCAAAGUCAGGAUCGAGAGCACAAAACUGCCAGGGAAAUAUAUGAGUAAUAUCGAGAAUUAAGAGAUAAAUAUUCCCAAGAGCCAGAAGUUAAUGGUUGAUGCGGGCUAGAGCCCGAUCAAAAUAUAAGAGGGGGGAUAUUGUUAAGAAUAAUAUGUUACAGUUGCUGUUUGUAAACUCCUUACUUACCUUGUACC